UUAAACUAUAUCGUAUUCGAUCUUAUUUUAAAUAGAGUAAUGCCGCAAAUGCAUUAGUAAAAGAUCCGUCUGAAAAAAGAACACAAAUAAAGAAGCUUCAUCGUUAAAUUAAUAGUGCUUCAUGGAUCAGGUUACAGUAUUCAGCCCUUGAACUUCACGAUGUGUUUAAAGGGAACAUUAGAUCCCCAUGCGGAAAACUCCCGCCAGUGCAGUAGUGGGGAUGACAACCGAGUGCAGAACGAGGGAGUCUGAGAGUCUUGUCGUGUGCUUGGUGCCGUACGAGAAUUCACUGCAUAUAUACGUAGCACUUGCGACCAAUGGUUUCUACGUAUCCAUCAUUACCCUCAAAAUGGACAAAUAAGAAUCUCACGUCUUCGGUAUUUCUUUGAAAGUGAAUGGGUUCAUCAGGAGGAAUUUCCCAGCUGUCACGUGGAUCGUUAAGUCUCCAUGGUUGAUUAUUAGUGCCACGUGCUCGAGAUUGAUACUAGAAUGUGAUACUAGAAGUGUAGACGGCUUACGCGAGAUUCAGAGGAUGAGACUCCACAGCAUCGGCUGCGUAGACGUAAGGGUACAAUUGUAUGAGAAUGCCAGAUCAGGGCGAAGCUUUCAAGGUAUUUCACAUCAGCUAAUGAAAACGAAAACAGAGAAAAGGAUGUAGAAGCGACAUAUUUUUACCUUCGACGCAAAUCAACGAGGCGCUCAUCAGUAGUUGCACCAAUAUGAUUAUAUCGAGGAUUUGUUCUAAAUUAUUGCCCGGUACCAGGGUUGACAGUGUCGUUCCACGGAAAGUCGGAUUUUUUCUAACAGCCAAACUUCUCGAAGUUAAUCGACUUAAUAAAAUUCGUCUUGAUAAUCUCGAAUUGACCACAAAGAUGCAUCGUUAAGCCGAAGAGUGAUCCAUCGUUGAUACAAUGAACGAUUACGUUGUCGAGAAUGUAAAUCACUUGCAAUGCCAAUACGCAGAGGUGAUGGAGCAAAGACAAGUGGACGCAAACUCGCUUGCCAGAAAAUAGUUCAAUUUUUUGGGACUAUUUAGACUUACUGGCGAGUUCACCGAGUUUUGGAACAUACGAAGAUGGCUGCAUACACAGAACCUUCGGAGAAUAUUUGAGAAUACAUCAAAGAUACAGAAGGUGGCAAGGAACUACAAACGAUGCACGGUGUUAUCGACUUCUCGCUCGCUGCUGAAUGUACCUACCUGCUUGGGUAGGUAAGUACCGUUCGUCGAGCUACCUUCGACGGCAGUCACGCCACAACCUUCGUCGUGUCAGGUGCGCACGGAGAUCAACGGGACUAUCUUUGGUUAUUCGCGAAGUCUCUCAUUGCCGGCGUCAACGCAAUUCUUCUCUGAAUCGCUGGUGUCCAGAAACAAAAGACGGACAAAAGAGAAACAAUAAGGAAACAUGCGGUUGCCGAGGACGUGCAUCCUGUUGGUUCUGCUGGCUUCGGCGAAAUGCGAAAAACACGAAGAGGAGGAUACUUCAGCCGUGUUUCUCGAGGCUGCCAAAUCCUUCUUCUCGAAUAAGGACAAUAUUAAUGGUCUACAAGGAUUGGCAAGAGCGUUCUUGCAACCGGAUGGCAGAAAAGAGGUCAGCAACGCGUUCGACGGAAAGUCCAACCUAGACGGUAUCGGUCAAAUCGUAUCUGGCAUAGGAAGUUUAUUCUCCGGGAAUGGAAACAGCCAGGGAAUCGAUUUCUCCAUGAUUGGCUCGGUUCUCGAUGGUGUAAUGAACUCUGAUAAAAGUACCAAAAGAACAGCUAGGAGCGUGGAAACAAAUCAAGAGCAUGGAAUCGAUCUGGAAAACAUCGUGAACGUGGGAAGCAUGUUGAUGGGUCAACGUGGCAAUUCCGAGUUAUUGAUGGGGUUGAUACCGAUGCUGCUGUCGAAUCUUGGCGGCGAGAGCAACGAAGUUGACAGUGCACCUAAUAAUAUACACGAUCAUUCUGGACAUUCUUGGUACAUGCCACCGAUCCUUGAAAAUUUGCACGUAAUGUGGGACCACUUCAGCAACUCGGAACUGGGUCAAACAUUGUGGAAGAAGAGUGGCCUGGCGCAAUUUGUCGGCCAAAUGUCAGACUCCGAGGGACGUAUCCAGUACGAAAAAUUGCUGGAUAGUUUCGAGAACCCAGGCCUGCGUCGCAGAUGGAUACGAUCGCUGACGAAUUAUAUCGGAGAGUGGAUUUCCCAUAUCUCUGAUCCGCAAAUUCAACAGCGCUACUUGAAUACUGUUCAGUUCGUGGGAAAUAGUUUCCUGAAGUCUCAGGGAUUUCCAAAAUCGGCCAUGUUCGAUUCGAUGAGACCGGCAGAAAGUCUUUCUAGAUUAGUGAACGCAGUGGGAAAGAGGUACUUAGGGAUGAAAAUCGACAGUUCGCAGUAUAUCAAACCAGCUGUGUCGUACAUCAAGGAGUUGAUCGCUCUGGCUUCCGAAAAAGGAUUCAUCAUGUCUCGAGUGAACGCCAGAGGAAUCAGCAACAAGCUCAGUGAUAUGAUCAACAAUGACAUUAUUAAUCCAAUGUUACAGUCUUAUCGAGCGUACAAGUGGGCAAUUAAAAUGCCGCAAUGCGCCAGUCAAAUCUUGUGCACAAUCAAUGAAAGGAACGAACAAGAUACGGAGCAGCCUCGUUUAAGAAGUACCUUAUUGAAAGCGACGAGUUUUCCUGCUGCUUGGGCUGUCAGUUAUAAAUUAGGGACUAAUUUCUGGGCCCUGUAUGGAGCCAUCAUGGAACAUGAUAAGUGUACUCAAAAAUAUCCAGCCGACUGCACAGAUUUCCAUGAAGAGGAGAUACGAAUUAAAACAGAGAACAUUCACAGUGAACUUUAAUAUCUAAUUAAGUGUACCUUGUGAGAGACAUUCGCGAUUUUUAAAGUCAAUUUCACGAAUACACAGCCGUACCGUAUGGCUGUUAUUCCAUGCGUAGUAUAUAAGAUUAUUAAGCGUUAGGGAAUAAAAGAAGAGAAAGCUGAAUCACUGGAAAAGUUCAAAAACGUCUUAGUGUACAUAGAAACACAGCUGAGAAAGGAGUCGUCGAAUAAGUAGAUUUUUAAUGUUACGAAUUUUUUAUUUAUCUCGAAUCUCACGCGAGGAAUAUUCACUUUUUUUCAUGUACAUUGUGUGAUUCUUUUACUUCCACGGUGCUAAAUAUUUCUCGGUCAAGUGUCGUGAAAUCAACAGUGGUCAAUUAUAAGAGCACCAGUUUAUAAUUAUUUGUAUGCAUCUUCUUUUUAAUUCGCUAUUAUAUUUAUUUCUUUCUUUAAUGGAAUCUCUAAGAAUUCUAUUUCAUAAGAAGAGCACUUGUGAGAAGGUACGUAUUAUAAUAUAGAUAUAUUCUUUGGGACGUCGUAAUUCUGAGCUUACGAAAGCUCCUUCCAUGAAGGCCGGAAGUUGAAUGACUAGAUCUAUUCGAUCGUGUUCAUGCGUUUGCGUCGUUUGCAACAGCUUCUGUAAAUAUUAGGUAAAAGCCAAAUAAAACGUAUGUUGGAUGUACGAGGUACAUCGUAAAUCGUU